GAGGCAUGUAGAAACAGAAGUCAUUAUCCCGAAAAUCUUAAGAGAGAAGGCAAAGACUAAAUGUGAUGAUCUCGUGCAAGGUAAGCUGUCCUCGCUUUCUAAUACAAGUUCUUCUGAAUUCUUCAUUGCAUAAUUACGUGAUCUGGGUAACGAUGCUGGCCUUUUUGACAGCUUUUACGCAGUGUGCAAAAGGGAGAACUGUAUCAAUUUUAUGGACUUGCCGCAAAGAGAAUCAAGCGAUGAAAGACUGUUUGACUAGCUAGUAAGUAUUAAAAAUUUCGUUAAACGUUCGGAAGUACGUAAUAAGAAGUACCAAAAACAUUUAGUUUACUCUAUUAAUCUUUGUUAUCGACUUUACCUGUGGUUUCCAGUAUAGACCAAACGCUUUUUCAGGGGUAGAAUUUUAAAAGAGUUUAAACACGCGCUGAAAAAACUAUCAAAAGUGGUCCGCCCAUCUCCUUCCAGGGGGCUGUCCUGGUGUACCGGUACACGAGGGAAUUUCUUUUGUUUUCAUAACCAUACAUGGAGUUAUGACGCAGUUCGUUAAUGUUUCCUUCCUUUGUGUACCGGUACACGAGGACACAACCCCUUCCAGGCUCAUCUUUAUUCGAGAUAUUGGCUGUUACUACACAUAACGCAGGGUGAGGGGAGCAAUAAUCUCAAACUUUAAAUUCCUAAGGGGUGACUAGCAACUAAUUUAUCCUCACAGCAUCUCCCCUGAAUCACACUUAAAGGUCACAUGAAUCAAAGAAAUGAUCACUAACUAGUGAAGCUCUAGACUUCUAGCAGUCCCUCCUUCUCAGUGAAGUCAGUUGCAUAAGUAAAAAAAAAAAUUAGUGAUGAAAAUUGAUGUGAGUGCACCAUAGGGAGCUGUUGGAGUGCUGUUUAUGCACCGCAGUAGCUCCAUGAGUGAUGCGCUCAAACAACAGGAACUACAGACUAAGCCCAAGAGUUUGACCUUCUAUGGCUGAGUGAUCUUUGGGCGUCAAAUUUUAAUCUCAAUUUCAUUGCAACACAAGGUGAUCUCAAAAAAUUAAACCGUUUUAAAUUUCAAGGAGCACAAUAAACUGGAAAUUUGUCAAAUGUUUCAGUAAGGAUGACUCUUGUGAAUAAAUAUCAUGAGAACCAUUGUGGAAUGACUUUUGCAGUAUGUGCUUGCAAAAACACAUGCUUUACAUUGUCUGAGAUUUUUGUGAAACAAAACACAAAAGGAGGGACUGCUUGUAGUCUAACAUAGCCCUUGAUUGUUAAACAAAUUUUCCUUGUCAGCACCUUAGGAAAUGUAUAGAGAACAAUUUGGAGUGAGUGAAUAGAAUACUGAUAUUUAGGGUGUAAAGGAUUAAGGAUACUCACAUCCUACAAACCUGGGGUUUGGUUAGAAAUCAAGAGGGCCUGCUCCUACAUUUAACACUGCAUCCAUAUUUUACUUUUAUUUUCAGAAGUCCUUUUUGCAUUGUUGUUGUUUUUUAAAUGUCAAACAUAAUCAUAGUAAUAAAGUUAUCUUUAUUUUCUUUCAGCUACCAGGACAAAGAACUUUUUGAAGAAUGUCGACAAGAGUACCUGAAGAAAAGAGAAGAUUAUCAAAAGGACUUUGCUCAGUCUGGAAAGUCAGCAAAUCUGACGAAAAAAGAAUCAACAAUAUAAAACAGAAUUGAAUGAUCACAAUGUGAAAAAAACUGUUACAAUGAAAAGAGCUGGAGAAGUUACACUUCUGGUUUUACCCAUAAAAUCUCCUCUCUAAUUGGUCUACAUCCCUGUGAACAAGAGGAGAGAAUUUGGUGUUAAGUUCAGAUCACAUUCUGCUCCUGAUAAGGAGAACUAACAUGAUAAGCAGAAGUUCUAUUUAAAACCAUCUGGAAGCUAAAAAGCAGAUUGAAAUUAAAGAUGGAGCUGGUGUGUCAACGCACUCAAACUAUGAGAAAGAACAUUUUAUUUUGUGUAAAUAUCUUUUACAGUUGAUUUCACUUUGAAGUUGAAUGUGAUAUUGCAGUUUAGGUGCUAACUAAUCACAUGCAAUGGUUAUGUGAAGAAUAGUGUCAUUUUUCAAGAAUACGGUAAACUUUCUCUAACUGCAUCUUCUCCUACUAGCCCUGUUUGAACUAACCCUGGAAAUAAGGCACAUAAGAGCAUUUGCAGUAACUUGAAUGUGUACAGCAUUAAAUUUGAGUAGUAAACUAGUCAAUCUU